UUCAAUUUCACCUCUGACAGGGUGCGACGUUCGUCGCUCUCUCUCUCUCUUUGGUCUUUAUUUUUCAUCAUCGUCACCAAUUUGCACGAGUCUGCUGAUCGCCGGAAACCACCUCUCCACUGACCACCGCCCGCACAUAUCUCCACUGGAGGUUAGUGUUCAUAACCCAGUUUUUGCCAGACCAUUAUCUCUCUGCACUCCACCAAACGGCUCUGAGGUAAGCGAUUCACACAUCGCAGGCUCGGCGUCUCCUCACUGCUUUUGACUCUUCUGGUUAUGUGAAGAUAUUUUGUUCCUUCCUAAAUGUCACCAUACGCGGAGAAAUGUUUAAGAUGGUAGUGUCUUAGGCAAAACAGCUAGAGCUAGGGUUUAGAGACGGGACUCAAAAUGUUAAACAAGAUCAUAAAGAGGGGGAAUCGGAAGGCUCAAAAAUCCAUCGGAGGGGAUUUCAAGUACGGACCUCAGCAGGUUACCGCGUCCAAUGUGGUGGUGAACCAUGCUUCCAGAGGCGGCUUGCAGGUAGAUUCAACACAGUCGCACCUGUUCACCAUGAUGCCGCCAGUUCUGGUCCCAGGAACUAUUGACAACCUUCCUGUAUUCCGAGAUGUGCCAGUGUCGGAGCGCCAGAACAUGUUUCUGAAGAAGCUUCAGAUCUGCUGCUUCCAGUUUGAUUUCACAGAUGCAAUGAAGAUGGUAAGAGAGAAGGAGAUCAAGAGGCAGUCCCUUGUGGAGCUUGUAGAUUUCAUUCAAUCUGGAUCUGGAAAAAUCACUGAGAGCAAUCAGGAAGAAAUGAUAAGGAUGAUAUCCAUCAACAUAUUCCGGUGCUUGCCUCCAAACUCACACGAGAAUACAGGAUCGGACAAUACUGACCCUGAAGAGGAGGAGCCCUUUCUAGAGCCCUCAUGGCCGCAUUUGCAGCUCGUCUAUGAACUUCUUCUGCGCUACAUUGUCUCAUCCGACACAGAUACGAAGAUAGCUAAACGGUUUAUUGAUCACUCAUUUGUGUUGAAGUUAUUGGAUUUGUUUGGUUCUGAGGACCCAAGGGAAAGAGAGUAUUUGAAAACAAUUCUUCACCGAAUAUACGGAAAGUUCAUGGUGCACCGGCCAUUUAUAAGGAAGGCCAUUGGCAACGUCUUUUAUGGAUUUAUAUAUGAAACAGAGAGACACAGCGGGAUAGGUGAGCUUUUGGAGAUUCUGGGAAGUAUAAUAAAUGGGUUUGCAUUGCCAAUGAAAGAGGAACAUAAGUUGUUUCUCGUCCGUGUACUCAUCCCACUCCACAAGCCAAAAUCAAUAACAUUGUAUCAUCAGCAGCUGUCUUACUGCAUUUUUCAGUUUGUGGAGAAGGACUACAAGUUGGCUGAUACGGUUAUUAGAGGUCUUCUGAAAUACUGGCCUGUUACUAAUUGCCAAAAAGAAGUUCUCUUCCUUGGGGAGCUUGAAGAAGUUUUGGAAGCCACACAGCCAUCUGAGUUUCAGCGUUGCAUUGCUCCUCUAUUUAGACAGAUAGCUCGUUGCCUGAACAGCCCCCACUUUCAGGUUGCAGAACGUGCUCUGUUUUUAUGGAACAACGAACACAUUGUAAGCUUGAUUGCCCAGAGCAGAAAUGCCAUUUUACCCAUUAUUUUCGAGGCUCUUGAAAAGAACAUACAGUUUCAUUGGAAUCAAGCGGUCAAUGGACUGACUGUGAAUGUAAGGAAGAUGUUCAUGGAGAUGGAUGCUGAUUUGUUUGAGGAGUGCCAAACACGGUACGCAGAGAGAGUGGGCCAGGCCACGGAAAUGGCAGAACAGAGACAAUACAAAUGGCAGAGAUUAGCAGCUGCUGCAGGGGAAGAGGGGUGAGAGAUGUAAGUUUAUCGUUGGAACAUCAUCAUCAUUAUCGUUGUACUCAACUGCUCUCAGUAUGUAUGCAUGUAUUUAUAUUUAUCAUAACUGUGAUAACAUGUACUCGGUAUCAAUUUAAGAACGUGGCUUGUGAAAGUUAUCUGAGUGCAUUUUGUCAUAUACACUUUUCUUGAGAGAAGUUGUUUCUGAUACUGAGGAAAGCCUAGCUACUGCCUACUACUUGUAGAUUAUAAAUCCGGUUUCAAGCACUUCUCUUGUGAUUUUCUUUUCUUUUCUGACCUGUAAGGAUUGUUUUCAAUCCUCUUGUGUUUUGUACUCUAAGAACUCCAGUUUAGUCUUCACUCUUGUGGGGAAAUGCUUUUUUGUACA